CCCUUAGAUCUCGGUGAUCACCCCGGCUACCCGUGACAAGCCAGAUCCUUGCUAUAAAAACUUGCAUACUACUACCAUGCCUCGUCUACAGCGCCCUUAUGUCCUAUUCAGCACAGAAUUACCUUCCCCCGCCCCCCCAGUACUACCCGCCACACUCGCCACCACUCAAUGAUAGCCAGGCUCAGCGUAAACGACCGAAAUACACCCGUAGCAAGACGGGCUGCAUGACAUGUCGCGUGAAAAAGAUCAAGUGUGACGAAACCAAACCAAACUGCAUGCGCUGCACACAUGGGCAACGUGAUUGCACAUGGCCUGACGGCGUGCCUCCACGGAAGAAACAGCCGGGGAGAAAGGACUCGUUUGACGGGAGACCCUCGACAGCGAGCUCCUCUGUUUCCGAAGAUUCUGCAACACCGCCGACAAGGGACCCGACGCCUCCGCGGCGCACGGUGAUAGACGUCGGGUUACCUCCCCUCGCUUCACGACGCCACAACGAUCCAUACCUCCAGCUACCCCCGGUUAUGUCCCCAGAGUCUCGACAGUGCGUCAGGUCUGGGUACGCACCAGAGAUGGGGAUGACACAGGAUAUGAGUUGUUACCCGCGGUAUGAGCAGCCACAGCAGCCACAGCAGCAGCAGCAGCAGCAGCAGCAGCAGCAGCAAGAUGCCUAUUCGCCGAUGCAAUACCGGCCUGUUGCUAGCCAUGCUCGUCAGGUGCCUGUUGCCCAGUGGAGUAGUACCUCCACAAGCCUGAUGCCUCCACUUGAAUCAUAUGUGCGUACAGCUUGCUGCCUUUUUUCUCUCUUUGCAUUUUGACAUGUCGUUAGUAUCAUUCAGCGCACGAGAGACCCAUGGUAGGUGGACACGAUCACCAUCAUCGAUACCA